ACAAGGGCGUUUCUGGACGCGUUUUCCAAACCCCUUUCGGAAGCCUCGUAACAUCUGUUUUAUUGGCGUGUACAAUUGCGACCUCACUAUUCUACAACAAUGCUACACACAGCUGUGUUUCUUCUUUUCGGCUUCCUGGCCGCAUCAGCCUAUGAUAUGGACCAGCAAGAAAGCUCUCCUAGAAGAGCGCGAUUUUCCUCCAACAGUCCAUCGGAUGUGGCCCGCUGCCUCAACGGUGCCCUGCAGGUGGGUUGCGGCACCUUUGCGUGCCUGGAGAACUCCACCUGUGAUACUGAUGGCAUGCACGACAUCUGCAACAACUUCCUUAGCGCCGCGGCUGUUUUCAACACAGAGGGUAAGACUUUCGUGAAGGAAAGCCUGAGGUGUAUUGCCAAUGGCGUCACCUCUAAAGUGUUCCAGUCCAUCCGCCAUUGCCCUUCCUUCCAAAAGAUGAUUGCUGAGGUCCAGGAGGACUGCUACAGCAAGCUAGACAUCUGCAAAGUGGCACACACCAACCCAGACGCCAUUGGAGAGGUGGUCCAGGUGCCAAUGCACUUUCCAAACAGGUACUACAGCACUCUCCUGCAGAGCCUGAUGGAGUGCCCAGAGGACACUGUGGCCACGGUGCGCACCGCCCUGCUGGCCAGGCUGGGGCCCGACAUGUACACCCUCUUCCAGCUGCUGCAGAGCAAGCCCUGCCCCUCCGAAGCAGUGGCCCCCGGGCACGGCGGCAUGGGGGGACCAGGGGGCUACCGGUGGGCCAUGCCCCCCAUGUUCAAGAUCCAGCCCAGCCUGCGCACCCGCGACCCUACUCACCUCUUCGCCAGGAAGCGCUCUGUCGACGAGGAGAGCCCUUAGAAUGUGAGCCGCUUUGAAGGAUGGAUGUAUUGUGGUGGUGG